CUCCUACAACAGUCACACUUACACCCACACACUCGUCGCAGCAAAGUUCCAAUAUUUAUUGCAAAAAUGCUGUGAAAAUCCAUAAUUUUCUGAAUUUUAAAGCUAAAUCGUACACAACGGAUGGCCGCGGAGGCGUGGGCAGUGAAGUCUGCGAGCGAAAUCGCUGAAAACGCAUCGAAAAAUAAACACGAAAAACGAUGAAAUCUAAUCAAAUAAAUUUUCUGAAUGGAAGGGAAAGAGAGGAGACGAGGGGCAAAACCGCAAAGCGCAAAUAAAACUGACACGCAGAAACAAACCUGCAAAAGUGCAAUUUAUUUAAAUAUACUAGAGAGUUGUUGAAAAUAUAAAUAUACAAGUGACACAAACAAAUCAUCAAAAAGUCGAAAGUGUGCGUGUAUGUGGGAGUCCUCUCUCUCUCUCCCACUGCUUUGUUGUUUGUUGUGGUAGUGGGGUUGAAAAGCCAUCGCCUGCAUAACGGUAAACGCGUGACGUAGCCGCAGUCAAGUGCACCACCCUCGCCCCUCCCCUUUCAUCAUCAUUAAGGGGAAUCCCUUUUAAAAAGACAGAUCUUCGGUCUAGACAGAACCUUUCAUCAUCAUGGACAACGAUGAUACCCUGCUCAACAAUGGAGGCCCACAGUCUGGGGCAGAAACGGUUUAUGGAACCGAGGACAACAACAUGGUCAUGUCAGAGAAGAAUGAACAGGUUGUCAGCAUCGUCCAACAACUGGCGGGUAGCAUUUAUCAGGAGUUCGAGCGGAUGAUCAAUCGUUACGACGAAGAUGUGGUGAAGAACCUGAUGCCGCUGCUGGUGAACGUGCUGGAGUGCCUAGAUGCCUCGUAUCGCAUUAAUCAGGAGCAGGACGUGGAGGUGGAGCUGCUGCGCGAGGACAACGAGCAGCUGGUGACACAAUACGAGCGGGAAAAGAGCGCCCGCAAACAGUCCGAACAGAAGCUACUGGAGGCCGAGGACCUGGCCGAGCAGGAGAACAAGGAGCUGGCCACGCGUCUGGAAUCGGUGGAGAGCAUUGUGCGGAUGCUGGAGCUGAAGCACAAGAACAGCCUGGAGCACGCGAGUCGUCUGGAAGAGCGAGAAGCGGACCUCAAGAAGGAGUACAACAAACUGCACGAACGGUACACGGAGCUUUUCAAGAACCAUGUGGACUACAUGGAACGCACCAAGAUGCUAAUGGGAUCGACGCACUCGCAGAUGAGCACCGCCUCCGAACGCAUGGAUGUGAGUCGGGCGAGGCUCAAUCCUGUGGCUCGCAGCUCGGGACCCGUUUCCUAUGGCUUUGCCUCGCUAGAGAACUCGGUGAUGCUGGACACCGAGACGAUUUGCAGUGUGGGCAGCCAGUCAGACGACUCCGGGCCGCCUUCAUUGCAGAACGAGUUGGACAAUCUGGGCGGAACGAUGGAACGCGGCGCUGCCACUGAUGCACUGCAGCAGCAGCACCAGGCCACCUCGCCCCAAAGUCCCGACAGCAGUCCCGUUGUGCCAAAUGUGCCCUCAAAUGUUGGUCGUUCGACCACCAAAAAGGAGCAGCGCUCGGAUAACAAUCUCUACCAAGAACUGUCCUUCCAGGACAACGAGGAGAGCGAAGAGAAUGAGAUUGUGACAGGCAGCUGGGUUCAUCCCGGAGAGUAUGCGUCCUCAGCUAACGACAACUAUUUUGGCAUGGGCAAGGAGGUUGAAAAUCUCAUCAUGGAAAACAAUGAGCUGCUGGCCACCAAAAAUGCACUCAAUAUUGUCAAGGACGAUUUGAUUGUCAAAGUGGAUGAGCUCACAGGAGAGGUGGAAAUCGUUCGCGAGGAACUGAAUGCGAUGCAGCAGUCGAGGACAAAACUGAGGCAGCGCAUCAGUGAGCUGGAGGAUGAGCUGAAGAAGGCCAAAGAACAGGUUAAACAGCAGAAUACUGAACAGGAGGAGAACGAUGUGCCGCUGGCCCAGCGCAAACGAUUCACCCGAGUGGAGAUGGCCAUGGUGCUGAUGGAGCGUAACCAGUACAAGGAGCGCUUGAUGGAGCUGCAGGAGGCAGUGCGUCUUACAGAAAUACUCCGCGCCUCGCGCACCGUAGAUAAUUUGGACAGGAAGUCAAAGCAGAGCAUUUGGAAGUACUUUAGUAAUCUUUUUACCCCCUCCAACCGCCCAACGGAACGCGUUGCGGACGGUCUCGGAGGGGGGCCCAUGUUUCGUCACACCGGCGGAGGAAGCCCUGCCCACAGCCACGGAUCCCCUAGCCGAGGAAGCGGUGGAGGUGGCGACAAUCGCCUGGCCCUAACCAGCGGCCAGCCGCCCGUACAUCCGGCCAGCGCUGGUCUCGCCAACGCGCUCAUUAUGCCGAAGGACUAUGCCGAGGAGGGCAGCUCCGAGAGGAUCAGUGCGCGGCGGAGGGAGCAGUACCGCCAGCUGCGCGCGCACGUUCAAAAGGAGGAUGGUCGGCUGCACGCCUACGGAUGGAGUCUGCCGAUCAACAAGGCCAGUCAGGAGGCGAAUCCCAAUCGCCAUUCGGGCGGGGUGCCUGUUCCCGUCUACUGCAAUCCCCUGGCGGAGGCCUCGCCGCACAUGAAGGUGUUCUGUGCGGCGGGCGUUAAUCUCCACGGAGGCUUCACGAAGAACGGCCAAUCACUGAUACCUGCCAGCUCACCGUACGCCCCGAAAUCCACACUCAAGAUUGCCGAGAUCACCAGUCCGACGGCGGAUCAAAGCAUGGAGGCCUUGGACAGACAAAUGGCGAGGGCCAGUCUGGAGACGCUCGAACCGGAGACGCAGCUCAGCUCGUUCGUGUGGAUCUGCACUAGCACGCAUGCCGCGAGUACGGUCAGCGUGGUGGAUGCCAAUCAAUCGGCGACCGUGCUCGAUGCCUUUCCCAUCUGCGCAUCGCAUCUGCUUUGCAUUGCCUCCGUGCAAGGAGCGAUGGAGAGUGACUAUGCGCUGCUCGAACAGUCUGAGGUGGUCAAGGACGGCGAGAUGCUGCAGCGACCGGGCGAGGGUGCGGAGCUGCUCGGUAAGGUGGAGUUCGUGCGGGUGAAGCCAAAGUCAGACGACGAGCAGAAUAGCAAUGCCAAGCAACAGCAGGAAGAGGAGGAGGCCAAGGAGGCAACGGAGAAGUCCAACGAACAGCUGCCUGCGGUGAAUGCCGAGGAGCCGUUGGGCAAUGUGGAGGCCAUAAAGAUACGCCAGGCACUGCCGGGAGCUCCACAGCGACUCUCCACGGAAGGCAACCACCAGACGAACAACAACAAUAACACCAGCAAUCUUCUGUUUGCCACCAAGUCGCUGAAUCCGAUACUGGAAACCAAGGAUCGCGACGAGCCAGCGAUGAGUUCGGUGGGACCAACGAUGUGGCUUGGCGCGCAGGACGGCUGGCUGUACGUGCACAGCAGCGUGGGAAGGUGGCACGAGUGCCUGCACCGGGUUCUCCUGCCGGACGCUGUGCUGGCGAUUGUGCAUGUCGAGUCGAGGGUCGUUGUGGCGCUCGCCAAUGCCCAGCUGGCCGUGUUCCGCCGCCAGACAGACGGCCAAUGGGAUCUGAAUAGCUAUCACCUGGUGACGCUCGGUGACCGCAACCAUUCGAUACGUUGCCUCUGUGUGGCCGGCGAGCGCAUUUGGGCGGCGCACCGCAACAAGAUCUUUAUCGUUGACCCCGUAUCGCUCAACAUUGUGCACUCGCUGGACGCGCAUCCGCGGAAGGAGAGCCAGGUGCGCCAGAUGGCGGCCACUGGAGCCGGUGUCUGGGUAUCGAUUAGGUUGGACUCCACGCUGCGGCUGUACAACACGCACACAUUCGAACACAAGCAGGACGUGGACAUUGAGCCGUACGUCUCCAAAAUGCUGGGAACCGGCAAGCUGGGCUUCAGCUUCGUCCGCAUCACCGCGCUGAUGGUGUCCUGCAAUCGGCUGUGGAUCGGCACCAGCAACGGCGUGAUCAUUUCGGUGCCACUGGCCGAGGUGCAGCAAAAGUCGACAUCCGAUCCACAUGGUCAGAUGCCGCUGUGCUGCAUGGCCAAUGCUCAACUUUCCUUCCACGGCCACCGGGAUGCGGUUAAGUUCUUCGUUUCUGUGCCCAUGCUACAGCAACCGAACCUCAACGGCGGACUGACCUUCAGCAACAAGCGGCCCGAUAUGCUGGUCAUGUGCGGCGGCGAGGGCUACAUCGAUUUUCGCAUAAAUGAUAACGACAUGGAGAACAGUAUUCAACUGGAACCAAAUCAAACGAUCGAAAAUCGAGGCGAUAAGAGUUACUUGAUUGUGUGGCAUGUUAGUCAACGUUAAAACCGAUUCUUCGGUUUAAGUGCAAAUGAAUAUUUAUAAAAGUUAUAUGGGUACAUAUGCAUAUACAUGUAUAAUCUUAAAAUACUGCGUGUAACUAAAAAAGUUUCAGGCUAGCGAAAGGAUUACCUUAAACAUUAGUAUUUAUCCAACUUACCAUAAAAACUACCACGAUGACAAAAUGGGUUCUAUAAUAUAAUUUAGUUAAACAAUUUUCAAAUUUUGGGCCGAGAGGCUUCCAUAAUUGUUUCUUAUUGCUUCAAUUAAACCAAAAAGAAAACCUGCAAAGUUAUUUGUCAGUGAUAGCCAGCUAAAUAUUUCAAGAUAUAUUAUAUAAUGCAUAGAGUGUAAUAAGAUUAAAAUUUGUAAAUUUUAUGCGCUCUGCUGGCAGCAAGUUAUGUAUUUUGCAUAGACACAAAGACACCACAUUUACAUUUAAAUAUAAAUAUAUCUACACAUGAUACAGAAAAGAGCGACUUUUCAAGGAAAUUUCUGCGUGAUUCUUUGUCCAAAUAUGUAGUAGAAUUUUGAUUUCUUGUAUCCGUAUUUUUUAAUUCAUUAAGAAGCGCGAUGAUGAGCAAUUUAUGUUUACUUAUUUUGUUAAAUAAUUUUAAACUUUAGUUAAAAAAUUUCAAACCUUAACUUUGGUUGUUAUUCAUUUGUUUGUAAGUAUAUGUUUAGUAAUAAAAAAAAACUGACCAAAAAUAUAUUUUGUCACGUGAAAUGGACUUCUGUUGGCGCUAAGCAA